AAAGAAAGAAAUGAAUGCGUCAAUGCGAAACAAUAAAAAACGAAGCGAAAGGAAACGCAAACACAAGCCAGUUUCCGUUGCAGAAGGGUUUAACAGUUUUCGGAAUGGCUACACCUUUUCUGGCAGGCCUUGCUGUGGCAGCUGCUGCAACUGUUGGUAGAUAUGGUAUCCAUGCCUUGCAAGCAUUCAAGGCGAGGCCACCUCGAGUGCGUAGAUUUUACGAAGGCGGUUUCCAAGCUACUAUGAAUAGAAGGGAAGCUGCUCUGGUGCUUGGGGUUAGAGAUCGAACUCCGACAGAUAAGAUUAAAGAAGCGCAUAGGAGGGUGAUGAUUGCAAACCAUCCGGAUGCAGGUGGAAGCCAUUACCUAGCAUCCAAAAUCAAUGAAGCAAAAGAGGUCAUGCUUGGAAAGAUCAAGGGUGGUGGGUCAGCAUUUUGAAGCUAAAGAGUGUAAUCUUUUCUUUCUUUCUGCUCUUGACCCCAGUAUCGACAACGCUCCUUACUACAAUUAUGUAUCGAUUAUAAUUAUUUGAGUCUUCCAAGUAGAUUAGUGAUUACCUAAUGAUAAAAUUUUAACCUGCAAAUAAAUUAGUCCAUAAGAGGAGCCUGUGUAUCUUGGCUAUGUUUAGACUUCAGAGGAUUAAAAACAAUGCACUUCUUUUCUAUGAUGUUUAAUACCUUAC